AUGAACGAUACCAUGGAUGUCCUCGAUGAGAAACAGAACGGCGGCCCUUCGAUGGAGGUAGACGAGGUGGUCUCCGUGCGGGAUGAAGAAGCGUUUGCCGCAAAGCACAUGCCUGACCUUGGCCACGAAGUGAAGGAUCAAAAAUCUUUUACAUGGCCCUUGAAGAAUUGGAAGAAAUUGGACAAGAAGCUAACUAGUCCUGAAUUCGAAUGUGGCGGUCACAAAUGGUGGGGACAAACUCAGGCUCAUUGUUCCCUCACUUACAGUUCUACAAGGCGGAUUCUCUUAUUUCCUUUCGGAAAUUCCAAUGCACCGCCCAAUGACACAGUUUCUGUAUACCUCGACUAUGCGGAGCCAAAGAAGGCGCCGGAAGGAUGGCAUGCAUGUGCUCAAUUUGCCCUCGUCAUUUCGAAUGUUCAUGAUCCAACUAUUUUCACUGUCAGCCACGCUCACCAUCGUUUCAUUGCGGAGGAGUGCGACUGGGGAUUUACUCGCUUUAGCGAGUUGCGCAAAUUAUUCAAUCCCCACGAAAACCAACCACGACCAACUAUUGAGGACGAAGCUGCUGAUAUAACCGUUUUUGUCCGAGUGUUAGAAGACCCCACCGGCGUGCUAUGGCAUAAUUUUGUAAACUAUGAUUCAAAGAAAGAAACGGGUUGCGUUGGUCUGAAAAAUCAAGGCGCUACAUGCUACAUGAACUCACUUCUCCAAUCGCUCUAUUGUACACGCUAUUUCCGCAGGGCUGUCUAUCAAAUUCCAACUGAGGACGAUCACCCCACAGAGAGCGUUGCUUUAGCAUUGCAACGGGCAUUUUAUCAUUUACAGACGUCUGACCAGCCUGUCGGAACAACGGAGCUAACAAAAUCUUUCGGUUGGAAAUCUCUGGAUUCCUUCUUGCAACACGAUGUGCAAGAGUUCAACCGUGUGCUACAGGAUAAAUUGGAGUCUAAAAUGAAGGGUACCCAAGCCGAAGGCGCCAUUGCAAAGUUGUUUGUCGGGAAAAUGAAGAGCUAUAUCAAGUGUGUCGGUGUUGAUUACGAGUCAUCUCGAAUUGAAGAGUUCAAUGAUAUACAGCUCAACGUCAAGGGCAUGAAGAAUCUCUACGAGUCCUUCAAGGACUACGUUGCUGUUGAGAUGCUGGAUGGAGAGAACAAAUAUCAAGCUGAAGGUUUGGGCCUCCAAGAUGCGAAGAAAGGCAUCAUCUUCGAAUCAUUCCCUCCAGUUCUCCAUCUUCAGCUCAAACGUUUUGAAUAUGACGUUCAGCGUGACGCCAUGGUCAAGAUCAAUGAUCGUCAUGAAUUCCCCUUUGAGAUUGAUCUGGACGAGUUUUUGGACGUCAGUGCGGAUCGAUCACAACCAUGGGUUUACAAGCUCCAUGGUGUGCUCGUCCAUUCUGGAGAUUUGCACGGGGGCCAUUACUUUGCUCUUAUAAAACCCGAUCGCGAGACAAGAUGGCUCAAGUUCGACGAUGAUCGAGUCACUCCUGUCACGGAUAAAGAAGUUCUCGAGGAGAACUACGGUGGCGAAGCUCUCAAUGGCAUUCUGCCCGCUAUCCAACGCACUCAAGGUCGAACAAUGAAGCGCUUUACCAACGCAUACAUGUUAGUAUACAUUCGCGAGUCAGCCAUCAAUGAAGUGUUGGCGCCAUUCACUGAGGAAGAUACCCCACCCCACCUAAAGCGGCGAUUGGAUGAAGAACGCAUGCAAAUCGAGGCGAAGAAGCGAGAGCGGGAAGAGCAACAUCUUUUCUUGACAGCCAAGGUCAUUACGGAUGAUACUUUUGCGCGGCACGAGGGCUUUGAUCUUGCAUCCUUUGACGAGAAAAACUGGCCCCCUUCAGAGUUACCUAGUUUCCGGGUUUUGAAACAAGAGCCAUACAGCACGUUCAAGAGCCGCGUCGCCCAGCAUUUCAACUUCCUCGAAACCCAGAUUCGUUUAUGGGUAUUAGUCAACAGACAGAACAAGACUGUCAGACCAGACACACAUAUACCAGAAAACGAACCAACCCUUACGGUUGAGGUGAUCCGGAACAACAUGGCGGCGAGGCAGAAUGAUCUUCGGCUCUACCUUGAUAUCAUUCCAGAUCCAUCCAAGCCUGAUCCUCCUGCUCAAUCAAUAAUGAUAUUUUUGAAGCACUUUGACACAUCGAAACAAUCCUUGUUGGGCGCUGGAAAGGUAUGUAUGCCAAGGACGAGCAAAGUGGGUGACCUGGUCCCGGUCAUAAACGAGAGAAUGCGGUGGACGCCAGGAACACCCAUCAAGCUUUAUGAGGAAAUCAAACCUGGGAUGAUUGAACUGAUGAAACCCAAAAUGUCUUUCGCACAAAGUGAGAUUCAGGACGGGGAUGUCAUUUGUUUCCAAGUCGAUCUUCCGGAGAAAGAGAUCCAUGACAUUGAAAGCCAAGGGAUGUAUCCCAACCCUGUUCAGUACUACGACUUCCUUCAGAAUCGGGUGAUGAUCAUUUUCAGACCAAAAGUCGAAGAACCGAGUCAUGAUCAUCCAGAGUUCAAUCUAGUUUUGAGCAAGAAACAAAACUACGACAUAAUGUCAGUCAAGGCGGGAGAAUACUUGAGACAUGAUCCAAUCAAACUUCGUUUCACGACGACGCAUGCAACGAACGGCUCCCCCAAAUCUGUUUUGAAGAGGUCGCUGAACCAAAGCAUAGCUGAGAUCAUGCAGCCGAGUUAUAUCAACCCGACCACCACCGUGAUACUAUACGAGAAAUUGGAUGUCAGCAUUGUUGAGCUCGAGACGAAGCGCAGCCUCAAGGUCACCUGGACGGGCAUUCACAACAAGGAAGAAAUUACGAUCCCUUUUCUUCUACCGAAGACAAGCAUGGUGCACGAUUUAGCCGAUAACCUCGCUAAAAAGGUAACCCUAACUCCUGGUGGAACGGGAAAAAUACGCGUCUUCGAGAUUUCUAAGGAUGGGAAGACUCAGAAGGAGUUUACGGGUUCUGAGAUGAUCGGUAACAUUCCAGAUCCAGUUGAACUGUACGCAGAGGAAAUUCCUCGAGAGGAGCUCGAAGCAGAUGAUUCCGACAAAGUGAUUGGGGUUUUCCAUUUCUCCAAGGAGCUGUCACGGACACACGGCGUUCCAUUCAAGUUUGUUGUAAAACGGGGUGAGAAAUUUGUUGACACGAAGAAGCGUUUGCAAGCCCGAAUAGGCGUUUCCGACAAAGAUAUAGUCAAGUAUCGUUUUGCGCUCAUCCAGGUUUCAACAUUCAAACAACCGUCUUACAUUGAGGAUGACGAUACUAUAUACGACCACCAAUUCGCUCCAGAAGACGUUCUUGGGCUAGACCAUGUUGAUAAAUCCGGAAAGACAAGAUCUGGGGCAGGACAGACGUCAAUCGUUAUCCGAGGCUGAUCACCCAAAGUGUAGUUUAGUUUAGGCAUCCCUCGAUACAUCUCACGUCAUAUUCAAAUUUCUUUUGUUAUCAUUCGUACUGGUCAAUUCAAUAUCGCGC